AUGAUGAGACGUGGAUUUACCACAGGACAGAUUCAUCGCAAGUCAACAAAUGCAAGCUGGGUUGGCGAAGAUGAAUCACCAACUACUAUUGUUCGUCGAGGUAAAUUUGAACCAAAAAAAUUAUUUUCUAUUUUCUUUAAAUCAAAUGGUCCUGUUCUUAUACAUGAUGUUAACGAAGGCAAGACUAUAGAUCACAACUAUUAUAUUGAAAAUUGCCUCAAGCCUGUCGUGAAGGAAAUAUGGAAACAAAGAAAGUCAGCAGGUACAAAAGGUAUAAAAU